AUUCGAAACGAUUGGCGAUAAAUUAAAACACGCCCGAAGGGAUUGUUUUAAAUCGACACGAGUUUGAAUUACCUAUUCGCACAUGUAUCGUACAACGUUUUACAGUACAUAUGGCCCUUUAAAUGUUCGACACAGUAACGUAAUAUGCUAAUUUUCGCACUAGUGCGGUAAAGUAGCACCAUAUUAUGUACUGUAAAAAUAUUAUUUUUUGCAUUACCUACCUACGCAAACGCAAUUUAAUCUGUAAUUAAUAAUACUUCAUCGCGCCUACAUUUUUACGAACGCAACCAUAACGUUUCCCGCGCGUUUACCCUGCCACUUGCGGAUAAAUUUGGAACUACUUUGCGUCAUGAAGGCUAUCUAUGUACUGUGGACUCGUGUUUGUGUACGAAAUUGUAAUAUUUCAGCUUUUACCGGAAUAUACAGUGAUUGUGAAUUAAUUGGAUGAGAAUGCAGAGAUUACCAGAUACACAAAACUUAAACAAACUUUUAAUAUAAACAACCACGUAUUUCAUCUCUAAGAAACCUUGAAGCACUAGCAUCAUAAUGAAACAAAGUUCUUCUAAAUUGGCAUCCAGGAGCAAUGGCUACCAGUCUGACGACGAUACCGUGCGAUACAAGCUGAAUACAGAGUUCUUUAAUAAUACUAACAAGGCUGCAAUAAAGCCAAACAAAAAACAAGAAAAUGUAGAACCUGAUGAUGGUAUUCGAUACAUGUUUCCAAAAGUUUUAGUAAAAAAUCUAGCAGUUGAUAAGAAACCCAAACAGAAAAUCAAAGUUAACUUUUGGAGCAGCAAACAAUCUCUCAACCGUAUGCGCAAACCAGAUGCAAAAAAAGAAAGCUCAAAUCGCAGGCACACAGUAGCCGUGUCAUCUCAUGAAAGGUUAAAUGAUAAACCGAAGAACUCUGCUGUGAAGGUACGCAAACGGGUAUCAUUUCUCCCUUCCCCGUUGUUCUCUGAUAACCAUGUACCAAUGGUGACUGUACCUGAUGACUUGACUAUCCAUCUUAAUGAAGAAGAGGCAAAUGAUCUUGGCGAGGACUUAAACCAAGCAAUUACUGAGCAAGAUGCUACAACUAAAAGCAAAUCAAGUGAUUUGUUUAAAAGGAAGUCCCGUUCAUUAACAACUCAAACCAGUCCUAAAGGCACAAAACGCAAGCACAGCAGUGAUGACUCUGUUGGCAGGUCCCAAGGAAAUGAAAAUGAUCUAGAAUUCUUCUCGAAGUAUGUGGUUCAGAAGUUAAGGAAAAUGGAAACCAACCAACGGAUUUACUCAGAAAACUUAAUUAAUACUGUUCUCAUGUUAGGACAACUGUCCAAGUUGAAUGGUAAAUAUAAAAUAUUAGAACAGUAACAAUAGCAUCUUAAAAUUAAUUUUAAGAGUUACCCUUGUAUAAUUAAGUUAACAUGAUGAAUGAGUUUGAAGAAAUUGAUUAUUAAUGUUUUAGAGAAACUUACUAACUUAACCCAUUACCGCCCAUUGUACCCACUUGGGUACACCUGGGGUACGGCGUUUGAUUUGAUUUUCUACUGUAACUCUAACUCUGUAACCUAGCAUUUGAAAAAUGGUGGGUACCCAAUAGUGGGUGUGGGCGCUCAUGGGUUAAACAAGGAAUGUUUAACAAAAAUAAUGUUACUUUGACUGAACUAGUGCAAUAAUAACAAACAACUAGCUCAAGUAAAUUGCUUUCCAGCAAAGAUCAUACAUCCCAAUGAAUUUGUUGAAUGUGACUCGCACAAGCCUAAUUUUCUUAAUAUAUAAUAGUUUUUCACAGAGUUUUAAUAAGUUAUAAAUGAACUCACCUUGUAUACACAACAAAUAUUGUAACAUAUUGUGUUCAGUCACAUUUCCAUUUCCUUAUUAUUUUGUAGUUUUAAGGUAACUAUUUAUACAUGGUAUGUACUUGUACAUAUGAGUAGUGAUAAGGAGUUGUCACUGAUAUAAGAAUGGUAUUCCACUUGUCCAAUUUCUUUGUCUAAUGUGCAUUGUAUCUCCCUCUCUCAUUAAGCAAAAGGUGGGUUGCAUAUACACAUUGGAACAAGAAAUUGGAUAGGUGGGAUACCAUCCUAAGUAACACUUAAAAAAAUUGCAAAAAUAAUAACUCAUAAGUACAGAAACUGAAUAUUUAUUUUUUAAGGCAUAGUACAUCUAAUGAAAUGUCAUGCAUGUCUCACGUUUAAUUUAUUUGUUACAUAUUUUCAUUAAAAAAACUACUUGUCUGAGUGCUAUAUAUUGAACUUAUGGAAUGAUGUUAGUAUAUUUACUAGAUAUUGCAUAUUUCUGGAUGUUGUAAGCCUUCUUACAUAUCAAGUUUAUUGUGCUAAUUGUUAUUUUUCUUGUGCUGUUACAGAAAUUUCAGCUACUUAAGUUUUAUGUGCAUACAAAUUUUAGUUAUCAACGCACAAGCUUUGCUUACUUAUAUGUAUUUUUUUGGUCAUAUUUAUUUUCUAAACACGUAAAGCUUCACCAUAUGCAUAGUUGAUGGAAUUAUAAGACAGUGUCAGGCACAGGUUUCAGAGCUAAACUAGAUGGCGUUAUAUGGUCGCUUUGUGAUAAAGGGGGUUGAUUGUAAUAGAGAGGUAUAGUCUAGUUAGUUUGACAUCCAUAACAGAUGGCGUUGUACUGCGCCAUAGCGGUGUCUCUUAUCACAAGUAUCUCUGAAUACUUAAAAAGAGACAUCUACCCUGUUAUUGUAAAAAGCAUGUAUGCUAACGAAUAAAUAAAAUUUUAUUUAUAUAUUUUUCGGUCACUUUUGACAGUCAGAUUUACCGCAAAAUGUAUAGAGCUGUACAGCACCAUCACCUUUACCUGUCAAAUUCGAAGCACGAAAUUGUCUUAGAUUUGACGCAACUUUCUCAAUCAAUGUAUAUUUGCUUUGUCAUAAGAUAACUAGAUUAUUAACCCUUUAACGGACAAACUUCGAUUUUAUAUGGCAGGCCUAUGUUAAUAUCGUUGCACUGUGUAUGUCAAUCAUUCCUUUGUCUAUGAAUAAUUUUUCAAUGACACAAACUUUUUGUAGUUGUCACUUUUGUUCCUAUUAAGACUUAAAAGGUGACUAUGACUUAGUAUUAAUAUGAAAAGGAAAAAGUCAUCUAUACUUUUCGUUUGGUGAUACUUUACAUGUUACGGUUAUUUUUUUUUGUGUAUUGUUUUCCACGAUUUUCAUGCUAUCAUUGUUGUAGGGUAAUUAAUAGUAAAAAAAAAAGCAGAUUUUUGACAAAAUUUAUGUCCCGGUCCAUAAAUUGUGUAAGGGGUAGUUUAAUGUUAUUAAUGGACUUUCUGUGAUCCCAUUUCUGCACAAUAAAGUGAAAAGGAAACUAUAUCUGUUAUAAGAGAAGUAAUGAAAUUGUGUUAAUAUAGUUGUCAAUUAAGAAAAGUAUUUACAUAUUUACAAAACCUGAUUGUUGUUUGCCGGAAACGAUGACUAAGUUGAGUCUCGGUUUCUAUGUUUAAUAUUAGGUAUACAUAUUUUUAAAAUUCGAGAUUGUACCUAUAAGGUAAGAAUUUCUGCCUUAAAAAUAAAACUUUGUGAACUAAACAA